GGCGGGCAGAUAUUCUACCGGAUAUGCACUUGUUUUUCGUCGUUCGAAAUGCAUGCACAAUUGAAGGGUGAAUGGAGGCAACACAGCUGAUCGAUGACUCAAUAUUGGAAGAGUCAGAGGAGGAGGAUGGAGAGAUGCGAAAAGGGAAGCGAGGAGAGCCACUGGCAAAACUCAGGGUGUUAAAAAAUGAACACAUCUCAGAGACUGAGUUGCCUCUCUACCAGGGAGAGAACGUGUUGGGUCGAAACCCAAACUCCUGCUCCCUUCCCCUCGUGGCACCUUCUGUAUCCAAGCAACACACCGUCAUCUCCAUCUCAAUGUUUCGCGGCAACUGUUGUCGUGGCAACGUUGCCGGCAUGGAGACAGAGGCUUUAGUGUGGGACCUGGGGAGCAUGAAUGGGACAAGGAAGGGCCGGACCAAACUGACCCCUCACGUCCGCUACGCUCUGACUGAUGGAGAGUGUGUGGUAAUAGCUGACAUCCCCUGCCAGUAUGUCUCUGUGGACCAGAGGGGGGGACAGGGGCACAUGCAGAACCCAACCAAUGCACACUCUGGAAGGGGAAGGAGGACAGGGCCAGACAGGAAGGCCCAGUUCAGAGGAAGCCCUAGCGGCCAAGGUCUGGGACGAGAGACUGGCACAUCGAAGACUGAGAGACUGACUGAGGGUAGAGGAGUCGUGGGAGAGAUGGGGGCACCAUUGUCGACUGAGCUGGGUGGAAAAGGUAAAACUCGGGCCAUACCCCUGUCGUUGGAACAAACCCCCACAAAGCCUGAGAGUACACUGGUGCCUGAAUCUGAGUCUGACUCCGACGGAGAUCGAGAGGGACGGAGAGACAAACGGGGAAAGUACUUUGUCUCUGAUUCUGACUCCCAUGUGUCCAGUCCCACCUGUUCUACAUUCCUCAGUCCUACAAACAAAGUCAUUCCAGAGGGUGAGGACGACAAACCCAUCACUCCCUCUGCUAAAAACAGACCCAAGAAAGUAGUGAGCUUCAGUGAGGAGGAGAGCGACAUGGAUGGACCGAGACAGCAGCCCAGGAGAAGAAGAGCACAAGUGAUAGUGGACGACAGCGAAGAAGAAGAGGAGCAGGGGAAGGAAGGCACAAAGGCACUAGGAGAGAAGGAACCUGGGAAAAGGACAAGAGGAAAAGAGGAUGUGUCAGUGGUGAACCAGGUCAGUCAAGCUGAGAGAGAUGCACCAAUGGUAUCUACAGAGGACACAGUUAACAUGGACAGUGACACAGACGUAGAGGGAGAGGAGGAGAUGGGGCUGUCUGCACCUGUAAAAAGUGUUAAGCCACCAGCCGUAACAGAACCUCCUACUACAGACUCUGACCCAGGCCAGAUCCACAUGGACAGUGAUACUGAUGUGGAGGAAGGAGAUACUAUGGACGUUGACGCUAAGUUAAUGCUAACUGCAGCCGAUGUGGAGAGGAAACCAGUAGAUUCUGUCCCAGUGGUGCAGCCAACAGAGAUCCACCUUGUCAGUGAUACAGACGUGGAUGAUGAUGUUGUUGUGUCAGACAUUGCUACCAAUGUUACCUCCUUCGUAUCCGAUCCGGCUGAGAAACCAGACGAUCCUGCCCCUGCAGUGCCGCCCGUAGAAUUCCACCCAGACACAGACACAGAUGUGGAAGAGGAGGACACAGACACACAUUCCAAAACAGUUCCAGAAUCAGAUUCUAGUGGGAUCAGAACAGGGAUUGCUGGUCCCCAGGAGAUCCUUUUGGACAGUGAUACUGAUGAAGAAGACAAACCGUUUACCCCUCCGUCCAGCAGCAGAACAGCGGAGCUCCUUAAUCCACCCACCAGUGUAGGACCUGCAGCUGCUGCUCCUCUGGAGAUCAGGUCUGACAGCGACACUGACUUAGAGGAAGACGCCACACAGACCAUGAACCUUCCUCCUCCUAAUGUUGCCACGGUAAUGGAAGACGCGGGGUUAGCGUCUCGACAGGCCGUGCUUCCAUCACCCACAACAACGACAAUCGAUCUCAGGUCUCAGGACUCUGAUGCUAACACAGAUGCUGAGGAGGAGAGGUUGGAGCCCAAUCCCCCCCGGGGUCGGCCCCCAGCAGGGAUGGUCCCGGAGUCGGACCUCAGUGAGCCCAGUGACUUCAGGGUGGACAGUGAUACGGAGGAGGAUGGACCAGGGGAGGCAGGCCAGGGACAGACUGCAUGUCGGCUCAGAGAGGGGGCAGUUGGCCCCGGGCUGCUCCCCCUGGGAGGUUCCCCUGGCCCUCAUCAGAAGUGCUCCACCCCUUUGGCAUCGUCAGUACAGGAGGAGAUGGAGACUCAGGCCUUCUUCAGUCCCUCUGACUCCUUCAGACACCCAGCUCUCCCUCCUGUGCUGAGGCCUACAGCAGCAUUGUCCUGCUCUGCAUCAGACAACCAGGAGGACGAUGACUUUGUGGUGGCCGAGACCCAGUCAUUUGUGUUGGAGGCCCAGAACCAGGGCCAUCAGAGCAGCCUUCCAGUGGAACCAACCCUGGAUUCUACGCAGCCCUACGGUCUGGAGCCUUCCUUGGGGGAGGACCGGGAGGAGCAGCCCAGCCGAGGCUCCUUCCAGCUGGGUCUAUCAGACAGCAGGGACCUCAGCCUCCAGGCCAGGGACCAGGCCUCAGAGAGCCCCCAGGCUUCCAGCUCCCCAGAUAGGGAUUCUGACCUGGAGGCCACCCAGACCUAUGCAUCUGGAGGGGGGAGCGAGGAGCCUGGCCCGGGCCAGAGGUCUGCGGUGUUCGGGAGGAACAGGCAGGGGGACUUUGUCCUGGAGGCAACACAGGCUUAUGCUGCCCAGCCUUGCAGUGACACAGAGGAGGAAGAUGAAGAGGAGAGCCCCACCACGUCUAAUGUUGCUACGACUGAAACCCUGCCCAUGUCUGCCUAUGAGGAAGAGGAGGAAGGUUUGGUUGGGGCCAUGCCCUCAACCCCAGGAAGGAGAGGGAGAUCUGGAGGAGUGAGGGAGAGAGGGGAAGAGGAGCAGGAGACCCAGACUGGUGACGUGCUGAUCAACCAAUACCUCUCCACAGCUCAAACUCUGGACAUGGUCCAGGAGAGUGAUGAUGAGGAAGAAGCCAAACCAGACUCACCCAGAGGAAGAGGACAGCCCCAAGAACAGACAGUAGACGAGGAAGAGACACAGACUGUCUGCUCCUACCUCUCCACUGCUGAAACCCAGCCCAUGUUUACUGCUGCUGCUGAGGAUGAUGACAAUGAGGAGGAAGAACUCAAACCUCCAUCACCCAGAAGGAGGGGAAGGUCCCAGAGAGGGAGAGUAGAAGAGGAGGAGACACAACCUAGUGAGUUCCUCACCAGCUCCCACAUCUCCACCGCUGAAACUCAGCCUAUGGGUACUUGUGACACUGAGGAAGAGGAGGAGGAGGACACCAAAGAUAAAGGACGGGCUCAGAGAGAGCGAGGGAAAGAGUCGGAGGCUGGGACAAGCGGUGUCAACAGUAGAGGUAGAAGAGGAGAGGAAGAAGAGGAGAGCGCUGAGCCUCCAAAGACACAGACAAGAGGGAAGGGGAAGGCUGUGAACACCGCAGGAGGCAGAGGGAGGAGAGGGAAGGUGCUGUCUGAGGAAGGAGAGAGUGAGAAAGAAGAAGAGGUGGAGGUGAUUGAGCAAGGGAGAAGAGGAAGAAAGAGUGUGAAACAACAGAAAGAGGGAGAAAAAGAAAGACUUGAGAGGGAACAGAGAGAGGAGGAAGAGGGAAUAGAGAAGCAAAGACAAGAACAGGCUGAGAAGGAACGGUUGCAGAAGGAAAAAGUAGAAUCAGAAAGGGUUAUGAAGGAACAACAGGACAGAGAGAGGAUGGAACAGGAACUUAAAGAACAAGAUGACAGAUUAGAGAGGGAGAGAGUGGAAAGAGAAGAAACCGAAAGGAUGGAGAGGGAGAAAAAAGAAGAAACCGAAAGGAUGGAGAGAGAGAAAGAAGAAACAGAAAGGAUGGAGAGAGAGAAAAGAGAAGAAACAGAAAGGAUGGAGAGAGAGAAAAGAGAAGAAACAGAAAGGAUGGAGAGAGAGAAAAGAGAAGAAACAGAAAGGAUGGAGAGAGAGAAAAGAGAAGAAACAGAAAGGAUGGAGACAGAGAAAAGAGAAGAAACAGAAAGGAUGGAGAGAGAGAAAAGAGAACAGGAGGAAAGAGAGCGGCUUGAGAGGGAAAGGAAGGAACGAGAAGAGCAAGAAAGACUGGAGCGAGAAAAUGAGAGAUUAGAGAGAGAAGAAAAAGAGAGAAUAGAGAGGAAAGACAAAGAGAGGAAAAGACUGGAGAAGAACAAGGAAGAGAAGGAGCGAUUAGACAGGGAAAUAAAGGAGAGAAACCUGAAAGAAAAACUGGAGAGGGAAAGAGAAAAGAGUGAAGCCGAGGAGAAAGAAAAGGAGAUUAAAGAACGACAAGCGAAGGAACAAGGAGAAAAACAAACAAAGAAAGACAACGAAAAUGAGCCAAAAACAUCCACUAGAGGUCGCAGAGCAAUCACCAGGAGAACCGUCAUGGUUCCACCCACAACUGAACCACAACCUGAACCUGAUAUUCUGUCCAGCCAACCAGAACCAGUCCCAGAAAGUAUAACUAGGUCUCGCUCCAACUCUGUCAGCUCUGAGAGAUCCACCUCCAACAUAGGUACCCAGGGGAGCAGAGGGAGAGGGGGGAGGAAGACCACCAGUACCACAGAGUCUGCCCCUGGUCCAGACAACCCCAUCCGCAACAGCACCAGGAGACGGACGUUGGUCGGGACGGUUGUGGCUCCCCCUGCUGCUGUGGAGGUCACAGUGCAGGACAUUCUCUCCAGCGAACAGUUUGUUGCCAGGAGAACCCGCUCUCGCUCCAGCUCCACCAACUCCCACAGCUCCCUCAACUCAGAGGUCUCCACCGGUAUCGCGGCUAGCGUGAGCUCUCAGAGCAAAGGGAGGGGAGGAGGGAGGAGGAAGACUGGAACAGAGUCUGUCUCUCCCAGUAACAGGCAGAGUGAGCAGCCUCCAGCCCUCAAGCCCACAGCCAGAGGCAGGAGAAGCCAGAAAGUAGAAGAUGAUGUUCCACACCCUGAGAUUAAUGAGAAUGCUGAUUCUCAGGAGGCUGGUGGUACCACUAGAGGGCAGAAGAAAACAGACAAAACCAAUGAGCCAGACCCUGUAGUAGCAGAUGAAGAAACCACUCCAGCCCAGGUAACCGAGGACUCCCCCACUCCUAGAGGGAAUGGAAGAGGCCGGGGCCGAGGCGGCCAGAAAGACAACACACCUGAAUCCACCACUACAACAGCAGGAGGAGGGAAAACUCAGAGUGAAGAGGGAGUGGGGUCUAAAACAGGUGGGAAAGGGAGGAAGAGGGGGCUGGAAGAGGAGGAGGAGAGCAGUGAGUUCAAGGUUCCCCGGGGGAAAGCUAAGGUUCAGAGGGGAGGGAGACGCAGGGCAGCAGAGGAAGGAGAGAAAGAGGAGAAACCUGCAUCCACUCCAGCAAAGAGGGGCAGAGCCUCCACUGCACAGGUGAAAAAGAUAGCAGAGGAGGAGAAGAGUAUGGAGGGACAGAGUGAGAAGAUGGAAGAGGAAGAGGCUGGUACUGUGCAGAGGAAAGUCCGAGGCAGGCAGUCGACGGUUCAGAUAAAGAAAGAAGAGGAAUCUGUUUUGGACUCUAAUUCUGUGGUAAUGUUCUCUCUCCAUCUGCUCCAUCUCUCUCUCCCUCAGCCAUGGGAGUACACUGACAUCUCUCUCCCUCAGCCAUGGGAGUACACUGACAUCUCUCUCUCCCUCAGCCAUGGGAGUACACUGACAUCUCUCUCUCCCUCAGCCAUGGGACUUCCCCCUCUCUUUGCUUCUCUCCUCCCGCUCUUCCCCCUCUCUUUGCUUCUCUCCUCCCUCUCUUCCCCCUUUCUCUCUUCCACCCCCUACCCCUCUCUGGUUCAGGUGCCCCAGACCCCUACAGGUAAGGGCAGAGGUAAGCGUAGGGCCCCUGUGGAAUCAUCACCAUUUGCCAAGACCCCUCGCUCCUCCUCUGCCUCUCCCUUGUCCUCUCUCUCCUCGCCUGGGACACUGGGCCGAGCUAGGGCCUCCACGCAGUCUUAUAAGGUGUUGUUUACAGGAGUGGUGGAUGAGGAGGGGGGAAAGGUGGUGUCUCGUCUGGGGGGCAGCCUGGCGAAGGGCGUGGCCGACAUGACCCACCUGGUGACUGACAGGAUCCGACGCACCAUCAAGUUCCUGUGUGCUGUGGCCCGUGGCAUGCCCGUCGUCACCACCGAUUGGCUGGAUAAGUGUGGUAAGGUGGGUAGUUUCCUACCUACUGACAGGUACCUGGUGAAGGACAGGGAGCAGGAGAACAAGUUCAGCUUCUGUCUGGAGGAAUCACUGAGGACCGCCAGCACCCAACCUCUACUACAGGGUUAUGAGGUCCAUGUGACCAGGUCAGUGUUGCCAGAGCCAGCCCAGAUGAAGGACAUCAUCGUCUGUAGCGGAGCUCGCUUCCUCUCCACGAUGCCCUCCACUCAGAAGGCCCAGGCCCGGACCCUAGUGAUAUCGUGUGGGGAGGACUGGUCUCUCUGUGCUCCUGCUCUCUCUGCUUCUCUCCCCGUCCUCAGUGCUGAGUUCCUGCUAACUGGUAUAUUACAGCAGAGAGUGGACCUGGUAACCCAUGUCCUCUCAGCCCCCAAACCCAGGGCCCAGCCAGGAGCCAAAGGCCAGGCCAGUGGCAGGAAGAGAACGUAACACAAAAACAAAAUUCACCUGGGUGGUAUUCAUUAGUGCAUACUGUAGCAAAACAUUAUGCAACAGAAAACAAAAACUAGUGUUGGACAAGUUCAGGUAAACCCUCCCUGUUUUAGUCUGUUUUCUUCCGAUAGGUGAAUAUGACCCUGUCUACAGGGCCAGGGAGAAGAAGGCAUUACAGUUCCAGAGAAGACCGCAGACAGACGACACCCGUGUGUGUGUGUGAUGGUGUGUGUGUGUGUGUGUGAUGGCGUGUGUGAUAGCAUGCAGCACCCACCUCCACCUGUAUAGAGAACAGUAGCAGGACCAGGCCUCAGAGGAGUGGUAACUACAGUACUACUACCCUGGAGGGGCUGGAGACCAUUAGACACCUGAGAGAGGGGAGAAUGAGGAUUCUGAUGUACAAGAGACAGUGGCAGCAUCCCAAAUGGGACCCUAUUGCCUACUUUUGACAAGAGCCCUGCACUAUGUAGGGAAUAGAGUGCUAUUUGGGACGCCAAUGUAAAAGGCUGGUGAGAGGAGACAUCCACCUGUUUGACCAACUAGACAAGAUAGUUGAGAAUGUAUUCACUCAGAUACAAAGACAAACAAACCCAAGAUAUGGAAAUCUAUUCCUAUGUUCGAGGGUAGAGAAUACAUGCAGAGAAAUGCUCUGAAUAGAUUUGUUUAUAAAAAAAAAUGUAAAUAUGAGGUAACAGAGAGAAGAGACAGAAUACAUGAGAUAAUUUACUGCCUAUCCCAGUCAUAUUUAUUUUAUCUGUCUCUUCCCUCCCUCUCCUGAUCCUUCAUCUACAGUUGAAGUCGGAAGUUUAUAUACACCUUAGCCGAAUACAUUUAAACUCAGUUUUUCAC